CCGUGAAAGUCUGUGCUGUCAUAAUGUCAUCUGAAGUGGACAGCGAUAGGGUUGACGAAACACCAUACAAAGGGCAAAAGGAGAAACCAAAGAAAGUGUUCAUGUUUUUCAACAUCGACCUUUCGGACAAGGUUCUGAAUCAAAAAUGCAACGGCGACGACCGCAAAAAGGAACCGGAGCGCAGCGAUAAAUCUACACUAUCUUUAGCUGAUGAACUCGACAAUGAAUCGCCUGAAAUACACAUCAAAUCGGUUGUAAAAGAAACCGGGACUCAGCGCAAUCAUGGCGGAGGGCUAAUGUCGACAUUCAGUCGAAGUUGUGCAUCCCUGACGCUGCCGAAUAUCUUUUAUAUUGCAAGUCAUAGUUUCGAGAACCCGAGCUCCAAAUACAACAGAUACCAGGGUGGGUGUAAGAAAGCCAAAGCUAACGAUUUCAGCGACACCCUCAAUGCCCUCAACAUCUACUCAAAGAAAAACAAAUUGAGUAACGACAUGUACCUGGACUGGCGGAACAUGUGUAUGAAUGAACAUUAUCCAUACAAAUUCAAUUAUGGUCAGGAGAGUUCUAUGGAGGAACAUGAAAGCGUAGACGAUCUACAGCCUUCCAAUGCAAAAACAAACAGUCUUAAAUACGACGAAAUCCCGUAUCGUGUUCGUAUCAUGCAACGUCGCAAUAGCUCCAAGUACAAACCCACAAAUGAGUCCAAGCCAAAAUCAUAUAUGGGUUCCAAGCACAAGGCCAACAGUGCUCCCAUGUAUAGCCGUAAUACUGACACUAAUCUCAAAGCCAAUCAGUUGAAGGGGUCCAACUACAGUUAUGAACUCAAUAGUGACUCGAACGUGGAACCAACAUACAAUAUCUGCCCCAAGAAGGAUGCGAAGUACAAUCUCAAAUCUGAGCCCAGGUACAUUCCGAAAAAUGCGAGUCUCAAACCAAAGUAUAAUCAGCAUACCAAUACGGAGCCGAAUUACAACUCCAGCUACAAGCUUUCAUAUGAUGCCAACUUUGAGCCUAACUACAAUUCAUUUCCGAAUGCUGGAAGCCAAUUCAGUUACGAUACUGAGGCCAACUACAAUUUCAGACCUGAUCCAAGCAUGGGGCCUAACUACAGUACCAGAGCUGAGCAGAAGUACAAUGGAAAUAUUGUCAAGGUUGAGUGUGAUCCUUACAAUCCAAACAAAGAGUCCAAUUAUAGCUAUGAGCAACAUUUUUACAAUUCCAAUCAAAAUACUCAACCUCAAUGCAAUCAGACCAACUAUAAUCCUGGGAACAACCAGAGCUCCAAAUAUAAUGCGCAUAUUGAAGACAAUUCUGGCGAAUUUUACGGCCGCAUGUAUAACGCCAACAAGAGCCUGCAUUGUAAUUCAAAUAUUCCUGUUCGUGGCAUGAACACACAAUAUUAUGGAACUCAAAAUCAAAUAAAUGCAAAUUCCUGUUAUGGCAGCCACCAACAAUGGAUGCCUGAUGCGAAAUUUGCCGAGAUACGAAACAUAGAUUCUUCGCAAUUGACCAACAGUUUUUAUGGAAUCGAUGACAAGUCCAGCAGAAGGCCGCGAGGAAAGGCAGCAAGUCCAGCUUCCCAUGAAUAUGCAUAUAAUGCUAAUCAAGAAAAUGUGCCAUGUACUUUCAAAAAACAGCGACAGACCAGUUUUCAAAUAGAAGCACAAAGACAGGCAUCGGGCUGCGUAGACAAGGAAUGCUCCCCAACAUCGAUUCCAAACCGCAUUCCCAGUCACCGAAAUGAAGGGUACAAUCAAAUCCCACAGGUUCCAUGUCCAGCUCCUCAGCCGGAUCUAUAUAUUUACAAUAAAAAUAAUGAAAGCCGAAGACCCCCCACAACAAUCAACUCCAGCUGCGCCCCCAACGAAUAUAUACAUCCGUCUGUACCGUCAAGCCAGGUUCCGCAUGAGCGAAGCCAAGAAUAUGCUAAUCAGCUGUCAAAUAUGCAAUGCUCCGUUUCUCCGCCAAAACAAUUUGUUUAUACCAGUAAUGAAAACACUGCAAAUUACAGAACGCCACCUGCCACAAACCUUUCAGCUGUCAGCUCGGGCUGUGUAACCAAGGAAUUUGAAUAUUCACCCACAAAUAUGCCGCAGCACAUACAAUAUCAACGAAGUGAGGACUACAAUCCACCUGCUCCGAUGCAACGUCCCGUCAGUCCCACACAAGAAUACGCCUAUGGGACCCUUAGACCCAGCAAAUCCUUAGCCAGUUCGAGUUGUCUAAUCAAGCAUUGUGAAUAUUGUGGGCCGAGCUACCAAAUGCCUCAGACACAAUGCAUAAUUAGUCCACCUCAACAAUAUGUGAAUAAUGAAAAUGCAAUCAUUCAAGGAUCCCCAUCAACUGCAAUUAGUUCAAUUGAGUUUACGAACCCAAGGCUACUAGAGGAGAAUGGCGAAAUACCACAUAGAAGUAGUAGACAUCCAAAAAUUACUUUUGAAGCUUCUGUGGAGAAUGUUGUAAACAGUGCGGAAAAAUUGCCAGCCCGAAACCCCAAUGAGUGGGAUAUACCGUACAAAAAAAUGGAGUGCAAAUGCGACCCAAACGAUCAAUGCCACCCAAUUCCAGUGCGCUACGGUUCGGGAUGGGACUAUGACAGGUCAAAGGAAGUAACACAUCCGGUCCUUCGGGCCCAACAAUGCGUAGAAAUGCCAAAAAUUUCGUGCCAGCAAUCUUGCCAUUCCUACACAUCUGGCUAUCAAUCGCAGACCUCGCUUGGCGCUGUUCCAAGCCGGGGAGACUUUUCAGAAGCAUGCCAGUAUAUAUGUCGUAAAUCACUAAGACAUAAAAUAUCUGGGUUUUUAAAAAAGUCCAAACAUAACUUAAAGAAAUUUCGAAAGCAGAACAAAUCGUUAGAAUAUGACGAUCCAAUAUAUUACGAAGCCACUGCAAAACCAACGCCAAGUAGGCAUACAAAAAGCGCCUUAGGGUAUUUACAGUACUCAACAACCGAGCCUGGAGGCAAGAAAUUGACUGCCUCAACAGCACUAUAUCCUACCAAUUUUAGAAAUAAACGUACCGCUGACGUGGAUCGCAAUUUAAGCCAUAAUCGGUAUAUAAUGUUAAAUAAACGCAACCGCUACCAACGGCCCAAAACUAAUAAUCCAGAGCGACGAGGCGGUGGCACCAAUCUAUACAGCACUCAAUCGGGUAGAUUGAUGAACGCAAGAGGCCCAAGCGUUUCAUUUGAAAACGUUCCCCACGCCACUGCCACAAGGGAUUCACACACACCCGUUCAGAAAUCUGCGAAUAUUCAGCCGAAAACUCCCAGUGAUUUAAAUGUUCAUCUCACAAUUCACACAACAGACUGCAAACUUGCCAAGCCGCCGACAAUCAUAUCGCACAGCUCUGAACCUGACAAAAUCAUAACCCUGGCAGCAGAUCAGAAUAAUGACAACCUGGUUAUGUCAAGUGGCAGUCCUUCUCCAUCGCACUAUCAGCCGAAUGAGCCCUCAGAAAUGUAUCGUUCCUAUCCACAUUGCUUGCCUUCAUGCCUUCAGAUGAAUGACAACUUGGAUUUGCGCUGCUACCCCAAUCGCUCACCUCUUCCCCAUCCCCAUCCCCAUCAACAACAAUACAACACUUCAGACAUGACUUCUUGCUACCCCAACCCUGCGCCGCCACCUCAGCAGCACAGCAACAGCUUAGACAAUUGCUGCUUGCCCCCAACCACAGCUCAACAAAACUCGAACUUUAUCAAUUGUUGCUGCCGUCCCACACCCUUCGCGCAGCCGCGAACUGAAAAUUUGUCAGCAGACUGUUUAGACAGUUCGCAGUCAACCGAACAACAACAAAACGAGGCUUUGGCAGGCAAAAAAUUGCUGGUCGAAGAAUUGAAGCAGGAAUUAUUGGAUCAAUUAAAGGCCGACGCCCAGGCUGCAGCUGUCAGCCAAAUUGCUGCCCCCAUAUACGGACCCUAUGGGCAGGAGAUCAUCGCAACCGGUAACGCCGCACCCCAGCUGCCCCAAUGCUAUGACAGUACUAAUUUAAAAAUGUGGAUUCCAGGAUCCACGCCAGCCCAACAACCACUGGCUUCAUUUCCCCAAAGUUCUCUUUAAUCUGCUCAGCAUCUUGGAUUAAGGGCUGUCAAAGUUCUGGAAAGGGGAAGGUUUUACUAAUUUUCGGAGACAACAUAGAAUUCAAAAAAUCGUAAAUAAUAAUUUAAAACUGAUCUUAUUAAAUAAAUACACAAAGAGCCCAGAAAA